CAAAAAAGGCGGACACACGCACGCGCACACGCACACAAGCGGAAGAGAGCGACGAGAGGGGGCGGUCGCUCAUCCCCUCUUCAUCGGCUGGUUGGGCUGGUUCUCGCGAUUGGAAGGCUUGGCCCACUCGACCUGACAUAAUGAAACCCAGCAGAAGGCGACGUUGCAGAGGUACGUAAGAUUGCCAUCCGCACACACAGGAAUGCUCACGUUCAGGAUGAGGUGGUCAUAUCCAUGUCCAUUGAGCCGCUUGAUUGCCGCAGCCGCAUCGUCCCGCCGCGCGUAGGUCACGAAGGCGAAGCCCUUGGACUGUCGGCUGUCCUUCUGUUUGGCGAGGAAGAUGCGGGAGACCUUGCCGAUGGAGCCGAAGAGCUCGCCGAGGUCGGCCUCGCGGACAUCCUCACUCAGGUUGGUCACACGCACGGUGCACUCCUCCUUCUGCUGCUGCUCCUGCACACACAAUUAUACACAGAACACAGACAAUGGAUAAACACAUGUGUUGGGCGAGGGUGGUGUGUAUGUGUGUGUGCGGCUGACCAGCUGCCUUGCGCCAGCCCUCUGAGAGGGCGGGACGUAUUUGCCGGGUUUGCUGGGGUCGCGAGCGGCCUGCUGGGGGCCGGUGGGGUCCUUGACGUCCACCUUGUCAACGACCUCAUCCUGCACACACAGACCAGACAUGAUGGAUGGGAUGAGAAUCGGUGUCGGCAAAGCUUCACUCACACGAGUGCUGACCUUUUUCUCUUCCUCGUCUUCCUUCUUCCUAUAUUUGGCCCAGAUGUUCUGCUUGGGCUGCAGGUCGAACGCAUACCAAUCGUCGUCACCCUCCUUCUCUGCACAUGCAUGCGCACACAGAGACCGGUCAACGGCGCGCUGUGGUGGUGUCGCGGCGCAUCGUGUCUGACCCUGCAUGAUGGCCAUGUAUGCGUUGUUCUGGGGCAUCUCGAUCUGCAGGUCCUCGUGGUGCGGCACGGUCGUGCUGUCGUCCUCCUGCAUACACGUACAAGCAAUUUGAGCAUCUUCUUGCCAGCGUGUGUCUGUGCCUACCCCUCCGGCAAGCGCUCCGAAUCUGACGAGGUCCUUACGCGCCUCGACGUUCUUGUUUAGGCGGUAGCGACGCACUCCAGAACGGAUGCGCUUCGUGAUCUGAAUCAACACACCAAGGAACAGCAUCAUGCCUUGGCCAGCCAUCCGUCUUCCGGUGCUUUGCCGACCUUGAGUGUCUGGCCCCGGUCAUUCACCUCAUAGUAUGUCACCGUGCGGAUACCUGCACACACACCAUCAGACACACACACACGUCCAUGUCAGGUCUCCAUGUGCAUGUCUGCUGUCUGUCUGUCUGUCUGUCCUUGCAGACUGCAUACCGUUCUCGUCAGGCGCAGACUCGAAUCGUUCGUUGCGGUGGUCGCCUCCCCUUAGCAGGAUGGGCUCGUCAUCGGCCUCAUCGGCCCACGCGCGGCGCUCAACUGAACAGGCACACACACACACACACGCACACACACGUGGGAAGACGAACAAUCCGAUGUGUCCAUGUCUUGAGACAGACAUUGCGCUGCAAGCGUCAGCCUGUGGGUGAUGUCGUGUCUUCCCUUAUCUGCCUCAUUACCCCUGCCUCGCCCUGUCCUCUCCCCUGGUGCGUCAUCGCUCACCUGCUGCUGCCAUUGUCGUCGAAGCUUCUCAAAGAUUUCGCUUCUUGCUGCCCUCCAACACGCCUGCAGGCCUCUGUGACUUCCAG